CCAUUCGCAACCCGCAACCCCCCAACCCCACCCCAACCACCCACCGCAGCAACAAGGGCAAGCGUGCGUCAACAUCAGACGACGGCCCGUCCCGGAUUGUGAUUCGCGGAGGCGUUCCUCGGCGCCCAGAUGAGCUCCCGGAUGGCCGGAUCGGUCCUCCUCCGCCGCGCCGGCGCCGGCGCCGGCCGCCUCUUCGCCACCACCCCGUCUCCGGCGGCCAGGACCGCCCUCGGUGGAGGUGAGGGCGCGUGGGUGCGGAUGAUGUCCACCUCCGCGGCCUCGCAGGUCAAGGACGAGGCGGCCAAGGCGGUCAAGGCGGAGGCGGCCAAGGGCGACGGGGAGAAGAAGGAGGUGGCCAUCAGCAGCUACUGGGGGAUCGAGCAGUCGAAGAAGCUGGUGCGCGAGGACGGCACCGAGUGGAAGUGGUCUUGCUUCAGGCCAUGGGAGACGUACACCGCGGACACGUCGAUCGAUCUGACCAAGCACCACGUGCCCAACACGAUGCUCGACAAGAUCGCCUACUACACCGUCAAGUCCCUGCGCUUCCCCACCGACAUCUUCUUCCAGAGGAGGUAUGGCUGCCGCGCAAUGAUGCUGGAGACUGUCGCCGCAGUGCCGGGGAUGGUGGGCGGCAUGCUCCUCCACCUGCGCUCCCUCCGGCGCUUCGAGCAGAGCGGCGGGUGGAUCCGCGCGCUGCUGGAGGAGGCCGAGAACGAGCGCAUGCAUCUCAUGACCUUCAUGGAGGUGGCGCAGCCGAGGUGGUACGAGCGCGCCCUCGUCAUCGCCGUCCAGGGCGUCUUCUUCAACGCCUACUUCUUCGGCUACCUCAUCUCGCCCAAGUUCGCGCACCGCGUCGUCGGGUACCUGGAGGAGGAGGCCGUCCACUCCUACACCGAGUUCCUCAAGGACCUCGACGACGGCAAGAUCGACAACGUCCCCGCCCCGGCCAUCGCCAUCGACUACUGGCGCCUCCCUGCCAACGCCACCCUCAAGGACGUGGUCACCGUGGUCCGCGCCGACGAGGCUCACCACCGCGACGUCAACCACUUCGCAUCGGACGUGUACUACCAGGGUAUGCAGCUGAAGGCCACCCCGGCGCCGAUCGGAUACCACUGAGGCUGGCCGUGUUCUGCUGAAUUUUGCAUCGCUACUACUACUGCCACCAAGCAAAUGAGUGUUUCGUUUUGAAGGCAGAGGAAAUGAGAGCUCUUUAGCUGUAUAGGAUGUUGCAAUUGUUGCUCGUUUGGUAACCAUUGAGUACUGAGAAAUAAGCAGUGUGCUUGUCAGUUACGUAUCUAGGAUAUUGUUGAACCACCAUUUCGCUCUAAGAUGAACCUAUUUGGCGUACGCCACAAUGUCUUCGUUAUCAGACCACCAUUCAUCUACCUCCCUAUGUACAUAUACCCUAUUUGAAUAUUCUUCCUUUUCCUUA